AUGUCUUCACAACCAUCUGUCACAUCUCUAUCCUUUGAGCAGCAUGCCUCUGGACUCGGCAUUGGAGUCUCCAAACCCCGCAUCUCCUGGAAAUUUGCGGCAACCAACCACACAAUCCCCAACUGGGAGCAGACAGCAUACACCCUCGAAAUUUCUCGCGAGUCCAAAUCCCCAGAAUCCUACCAUGUCCAGUCCUCUGAAUCUGUCCUCGUCCCCUGGCCAAGUCAGCCCCUCCAGUCUCGCGAAACCGCCCAAGUUCGCGUUCGCGCACACAGCGGCACAAAUGCAGAGCCAACAGAAUGGUCCGAAUGGACGACUGUCGAGUGCGGCCUAUUAAACAGAGAAGACUGGACUGCAAAGGCAAUUACAAGGCCGGUCAAGCAAGCUGAGGGUCCGCUGCGGCCUCUCCGUUUCAGAAAGACAUUCACCCUAUCCGCGACAGCUGUGAAUCAUGCCCGCCUCUAUAUUACCAGCCUCGGUGUGUUCCAAGCCUACAUCAACGGUGUUCCCGUGGGUAAUCAUUGCAUGGCACCCGGUUGGACUAGCUACAAGCACCGAUUGAACUAUGAAAUCUUCGACGUUUCAUCCCUGCUCAAUGCAAACGGCUCAAAUGCCAUCGCAGUGGAGGUUGCAGAGGGUUGGUAUGCCACUAGACUCGGAUUCCUCGGUGGUCGGAGGUUCCUCUACGGUGAUGAGAUGGCGUUACUUGCCCAGUUGGAGAUUGGCUCAGGCGUGGAGAAGCAGACUAUCGUGACGGAUUCUUCUUGGAAGUGUCAUGAGUCAGCCCUGAUUACCAGUGAGAUCUAUGAUGGCGAGGUAUAUGAUGCCCGGGAAGAGCAAGAAGGCUGGACAAACGGCUCCUUCACUGCAGAGUCCUCCUGGAACGCAGUGCGCGAGACCGAAUUCCCUCAAACAGAGCUCGUCUCGCCCAAUGCGCCGCCCGUUCGAGUCACCGAGGCCGUCAAACCAGUCGAGAUCAUCAAGACACCGACUGGGAAGACGAUUGUCGACUUUGGUCAAAACCUUGUGGGACGUAUCCGCAUCCCAUCACUCGUCAAACCUGCCAACCACAUCGUGAGUCUCAUCCACGCCGAAGUUCUCGAAGACCAAGAACUGGGGACUCGCCCUCUCCGUAUAGCCAAGUGCACCGACACAAUCACCUCUGCCGGCAACGAAAUCCGCAACUGGGCACCACGCUUUACAUUCCAUGGCUUCCGCUACGUCCAAAUCAACGGAUGGAGUCCCGAGGAUACCGCGAACCCUCUCACCCUCGACAGUCUCACGGCCGAGGUCAUGCACACGGAUCUCAAACGCACCGGCUGGUUCAACUGCUCGCACCCAAUGAUUAACAAGCUCCACGAGAACGCAACUUGGAGCAUGCGCGGUAACUUCCUCUCUCUCCCAACGGACUGUCCUCAGCGUGACGAGCGCCUCGGCUGGACAGGCGAUAUCCAAGUCUUCGCCCCAUCAGCCAGCUUCCUCUACAACACAGCCGGCAUGCUAGGUGACUGGCUCAAAGAUCUUGCAGCCGAGCAGCUCGCCUCGCCAAAUGCCAUCCCGCCCUUCGUCAUCCCAAACGUCAUCUCCGAAAAGCUCUGGCCCGUCUUCCCCCAAGCUAUCUGGGACGACGUCACCGUCUUGCUACCCUGGACUUUAUACCAGAACUACGGAGACUCCGACAUCCUUCGCCGUCAAUACCCCAGCAUGACAGCCUGGAUCGACCGCGGCAUCCAGCGCGGACCAGACCGACUCUGGGACGACACACUCUUCCAACUAGGCGACUGGCUCGAUCCAACCGCACCACCAGAUCAACCAGGCAACGCCCGCACAGACGGGACCCUUGUCGCAGACGCCUACCUCGUCCACGUCACACAAACACUCUCCAGCAUCGCAACCAUCCUAAACAAAACCGCCGACGCAACCCGCUACGAAGCAGACUACCUCUCCCUCAAAGCGCGCUUCCAAGCAAAAUACAUCUCCCCAGAAGGCUACCUGGUCGGCGACACCCAAACAGCCCUAAGUCUCGCCCUAGUCUUCGAUCUCCUCGACACCCCAUCACAAAUCGCCAACGCCGGCGCCCGUCUAGCCCGGCUAGUCCGCCGCACCCAAUUCCAAGUCUCAACCGGCUUUGCUGGAACGCCGAUUAUCACGCACGCCCUAACAAAAGCCGGCCACGUGCAACUCGCAUACCGCAUGGUGCAAGAGAAAACGUGUCCGUCGUGGAUGUACCCGAUCACCAUGGGCGCAACAACGAUCUGGGAACGAUGGGAUAGCAUGCGUCCCGACGGGAGUGUGAAUCCGGGCGAAAUGACGAGCUUCAAUCACUAUGCGCUUGGCUCGAUCAUUAACUGGUUACAUAAGAGCGUUGCGGGCGUGAGUCCGCUGGAUCCCGGGUGGAGGCGGGUUUUGGUGAACCCCGUGCCUGGGGGCACGGUUAGUCGCGCGGAGGUUAUUUAUGAGACUGUUUAUGGGAGGUUGGAGUGUCGGUGGAAGGUGGAGGGGGGCAGGUUUGAGAUGGAGGUUGUUGUUCCGCCGAAUUCGUGGGCGAGGGUUGUUGUGCCUGGUGAUGGUUAUGAAGAGGGACGGUGGGUGGGUUCUGGGAGGUAUACGUUUGAGUCGAGGUUUGAUAGUCAGGUUGGAUGGCCGCCGAAGGCCUUGGGGCCGCCUAUGUUUCAGUUGGAAGACACUUUUGUUUAG